GCGUGUUUGCAUUUGAUAGGUAUGGUUUAAUGGAUUUGUAUUUAUCAGAGUAGAUUACAGGUUAUUUUUGUUGGUUUUGAGAUGGUUGUAUGGGGUUUGUUGUAUUAGUAAAUGUCUAAAAUAGGCCACUGAAUUGUGUGCAGGUAGCCAGGGCCUUUAGAUGUGUUUGUAUAUUAGAGAAUGAACAUUUAUUUCAGUGUUUUGCUUGUUUUGCAUUGACUGUUAAAGUAUUUGCCUGCCUUGUUGUCUCUUCUAGUCUUUAGAGCUGUUUUUGUAUUUUACACUGAAAGUUCCGAUGUUAUGUUUUGAGUUUAAAGGAUAAGCCUGUUUGAAGAGUUAUUGUUUGUCCUUCAGUAAUUAGGAAACAUUAACAGAAAGACAUUACGUUUAGUUGAUUGUGAGAUUAUCUUCUAUUUGUUCUCAUGCAUGUUGUGCCAUAAUUCAGUCUGAAAAUUCAUAAGUCAAGCACUUUUCGUUUUACAGAUAUAAUUUUAAUAGUGUCAUUUCAGGGGUUAAACAUAUUUGCUUUAAACUGAGCGUAGAAACGGUACAUUACUUUUCGAAAGAAUGCCACCUGAGAUUGGAUAUGCAUACUUGUGUGUGUGGGACUGUAUGAGUAAUAGUGUCUGAUGUGAUUCUGGCUGACUGUGGAUGGGGUUGCCGGGUAACAGCACCAUGGAAACCGUCGCUACGGCAAUCACGCAUGAUUUAUCAUUGAUGUUAUUGUGAAAGCGUGAUGGUGCGAGGUCACCAAGCCAGUCACCACCUUCUCCUCUUUAUUUUGUUAACUUUGAAGUGUCUGAUUUACAGUUUAGCAAAGCAAAAAUCUGAUUCUUAUGUAAUUAAUGAGUUUAUUUGGUUAAAGUAUAUCAAAGGGAUAGUUCACCCAAAAAGUCAUAAUUUACUCACCCUUAAGUCAUUCCUAACCUGUAUAGAUUUCUUUGAAGGUAUUUGUUAUCUAGCCAGAAGCAGGAGCCCCAUUGACUUCCAUAGUAGGAAACAAAACUAUGGAAGUCUAUGGUGCUCUGAAACAUCUCAAAAUAUUUGAUUAAACUUGAGGUGCUAUGUGCUGAGCGAGUGGGCCAGAUGACUAAGACCUACAAUGACAUUGAUGCUGUCACGAGACUCCUGGAGGAGAAAGAAAGAGACCUUGAGCUUGCUGCUCGUAUCGGUCAGUCCCUCCUGAAGAAGAACCAGGUUCUGUCUGAACAGAAAGAAUACCUGGAGGAACAAGUGGGCACCAUUAGGGAGGAGGUGGCUCAGCUGCACCAUGAGUUAAAUCUGAAAGAUGAGCUGCUUCAGUUUUACACUAAUGCAGCAGAGGAAAAUGAAGAAGGAUCGCCCACGGGUCGACAGGGAAGGGUGGGAGUGUCGUUCCCUAGUGGUUCCCCUCUGGACGUUCUGCAACAAAAACUUCGAGAUUUGGAAGAGGAGAACCUGUCUCUCAGAUCAGAGGCGAGUCACCUGAAGUUUGAGACAGAGUCAUAUGAGGAAAAAGAGCAGCAACUUGUGAAUGACUGCGUCAGAGAGCUUAGGCAGUCCAGCAUCCAGAUCUCCAGCAUAGCAGAGGAGCUGGCCAAAAAGACAGAAGAUGCCUCUCGCCAACAAGAGGAAAUCACACACUUGCUCUCCCAGAUAGUGGACCUACAGAAAAAAGCCAAAACCUUCGCCGUUGAGAACGAAGAACUUUCUCAGCACCUUGCGGCAGCUAAACAUGCCCAGAGACAGCUCACGGCAGAGCUGCAGGAGCUGGAGGAGAAAUACUCUGAGUGCAUUGAGAUGCUCCAUGAGGCUCAAGAGGAGCUCAAGAAUUUACGAAACCGCAAUGUGUCCGCAGGAACCCCCAGACGCUAUCAUUCCCUGGGACUUUUCCCUAUGGACUCCCUAGCUGCUGAAAUUGAGGGAACCAUGAGGAAAGAACUGAGUCUUGAGAACCCAGAGAAUGAGGAACAAAGGGUUCGUCAAAAACGUGUGUUUGAGACGGUAAAGAACAUUAACCAAUCAGUAAGACAGCGGCCUGCUGCUAACAUCCCAGGGUCAAAUCAGACGCAUACCUGCCUUAGCUCCGCCCCUUCUGACAGCAACACCGUUGCUCCUCCUGACAACCGUACACAGAGCAUGCUAUUAGAAGCCGGCUCCACAGAUGUCACUGCGGAUGCCACUGAAAAGCGAUCAGGGUCUGAGGAGCUCAAGCUCGCUCUGCGGAGACUUUCUCUACGGCGACAGAACUGCUUGAGCGAGCGUCUCUUUUUUGAGGGAAAGAGGCGCAAUCGAGAGCCAUCGGAUGUCGACGAUUACUCGAACAGGAUCGUCCACAGCGAAAGCAUCAUGUCUCUUGGUGCUUGGGCCAGCCGUCCCUAUCUUCCCGACAAGCUCCAGAUUGUAAAACCUUUGGAAGGUUCGGCGACACUACAGCACUGGCAGCAGUUAGCUCAGCCUAAUCUGGGUGGUAUCCUGGAUGCUCGGCCUGGUGUGGUCCCGAAAGGCUUUCGACCUUUGGAGCUAGACCUGGAGGAAGUGUAUCCCUACGCCGAUUACGAGGAAGAUGAGCCUGGAGAGCAAUAUUUCCAGAACCUCCCCACCACAACCACACCCAAUCCCGGUGUCUCCUCUAGCCAUAGCCACGCCUCCUCAGCAUCCCAAUCACCCUGCCUUAGCACAGGUCAUGCUUCCAAAGAGUUGUCAAUGUAUUACCCAGGCAAAUGCAUGGCUCAUACAAGUUCAACCUACACCUUCACCACCUGCAAAAUCCUCCACCCUUCUGAUGAACUAACAAGGGUGACACCCAGUUUAAACCCAGCACUCACCUCAGCCUGCGUAAUGUCAAGCAGUAUACGGUCAACGCCCGCCGUCACGCCCUGCACACCCCGUCGGAUGAGUCUGUCCCAGUCUCAGUCCUUUACCAACCUUCGCGACUCAACCAAAACCUUCAGCACCUCUUUGGGUCUGGUGCGCCUUUUACAGGAGAGGGGGAUCUCUGCUGCUGUGUACCAGCCUCAAAGCUGUAAUAGAGGAAGUAGUGGAGUACUUUUCUCUACCUCCGUUAUCCCUUCUCCCUCUCCAGACCCCCAUCGACCCUCCACCCCACCCAAUUCCCCCACCCACCACCACACUCCCAGCCCGAAUGCGGCUGUUUCAGAUUCAAACACCCCCGCGCCUUUCUCUUUUAAAUGCCCAUCCUACGAGAACUUCCUGGCUUCUAAACCAGCACGAUCCAUUUUAAAAGAGGUGGCGGGGGUGUCUGUGGCUGAGGCUAAAGACUGUGAGAGUCAAACUGAUGUGAGUAUGUAUAAUCUGAACUUGGUGGAUAAGCUUAAAAGGUUGGGGUUGGCAAGUCCAGGGGCUUCUGGGGCUACCGCUGGAGGGAUUCCAAGGCCAAGCCCAAUUAUAGGUCCUCUGGGUGGUCUUCGAAGGCCAGGGUCACCCUUUGGUCCAUUAAACGAAGGAAUGCGGAGGAAUCGUAGCUAUCCUGCAAUGGUUGGGGCCAGUAUGGCGAUGAAGGGGCCUGGACCUCAGGGGGAGGAAAUGCUACUGGCCCCUAAACUACCCAAACAAACAAGUCUCAAAUAAUGAUGCAUAAUAGUCACACGAUCACAAACACACUUAACAUAUUAUAGGUCACAUACUAAUAACACACUUGUAGUAAACACUAUACACACUCACACUAACCUUUGUAACACAUAUACACAUUCAAAGUUUAAAGUAAUAGCCAUACUGUUCUGUCUGUAUGUCUUCACACUCAUUUCGCCUUGUAAAGUAAAUUUUAUUCGGAUACGUGUGUCAUAGGUUUGGACCUGAUGUGCUGCAACUGGUUUAUGGGACACGGCUAUAGAAAUGUGUUCUCCCAUGGUGCUUUGUAGUAUUUUAAGGCUAGGAUUUGCACAGGAGGGGCGUAUUGAUGUGUAUUGAUGUUGGCAUAGAGAAAAUAGAAAUGACUUUGUGACACAUCUCACCAAACACUCAAUACUUUUCUCCCCAUCUCUCUCUUACUUUAUCUCUCUUCUAAUCUUGUUUUGCGCCUCUACAUAGCUCCUUUCUUUAUUUUUAAUUAUGAAAUGAUAAUCUAUGUAACUUUUGACUUGGUGAAUGGGUUGGCCUGAAUGGAAGAAUAAAAUUAAAGGGGCAGUUACCCAAAAAAUAAAUUAAUAAAAACAUUUGGUAAUUUACUAAACUUCAUGUUGUUUUAACACGGAUGACUUUUGUGGAGCAUAAAUUUUUUUUAGAAAUUGUUGAAGACAUUGUUAUGUUCCAUACAAGAAUGUGUUGCAUUGGGAGUCGAUCAAAAACUUCCCUUUGUGUUUCAUGAUCAUGACGAGAGAGGGAAAGUCUGAGGGAAGUUUGAAGCAACACGAAGGUAGGUAAAAUUUGUUUAUUUUUGGGUGAACUGUUCGUUUAAGUAAAACAAAUUGUGUUUUGGUGGUUUUCAUGACUAAAACAGUGUGCCUGAAUUUUAGCGUCGUGAGGCACUUGUGUUAAAACACGAUUUUAUUCAGUUAUUUAUUUAUUUACUUUGUCUAUUUCUUGCACUUGUUUUGACUCCUGUUUGAAAACUACCGGGCGGCUGAUUCGUUUGUCAAGUUACGUCAUGUUUAGUUGUUUUAUUCUCCUCAGGUAAUGAUUGUACAUGGGCGAAAGCAUUUAGAUUAGCGAAUGCGCAAUAAUGUUCAUUUUUUUUCUCCAA